AUGACUAAGCUUACAAGUUAUUUUGCCACAGUUGUAUUCAUUUUUAUACAUAUUCUAUGCCAAUCAUCUGCUUCUGGUGAUGAGACGACUACAAGUACUUACAAUGUUUUGGAGUUUGAAGCUAAGAGCAAUGGUGUAACCGAUUCAACCCAAGCUUUUCUCAAUGCUUGGUCAGUAGCCUGUGGUUCCUCCGCAGAUUCCACUGAGAUAUAUGUACCAAAGGGGAGGUAUUUGCUCGCCGCUAUGGCCUUUAAAGGCGACUGCAAAAGCUCACACAUCACUUUUCGGAUUGAUGGAACACUCGUGGCUUCACCUGAUUACCGAGUAUUAGGCCAAGCUAACAACUGGUUGAGCUUUGAAGGAGUUAGCGGGGUAACCAUUGUCGGAGGAGCACUUGAUGCCAAAGGUUCCGCCUUAUGGGCUUGCAAAUUGAGUACCAAAACCACCAGUUGUCCUGAUGGAGCCACGACUUUGAGUUUUACAAACUCCAAAGACAUUAGAGUUGAAGGACUAAUGUCACUGAACAGCCAAAUGUUUCACAUUGUGAUAAACGGCUGCCAAGAUGUACUGAUUCAAGGCGUCAAAGUCAUUGCCGCUGGAAAUAGCCCAAACACUGAUGGUAUCCAUGUCCAGUUAUCUAGAAAUGUUGCAAUCUUCGACACCUCCAUCAAAACUGGGGACGAUUGUGUGUCUAUUGGCCCCGGCACCAAGGACUUGUGGAUGGAACGCAUAUCAUGCGGACCUGGGCAUGGCAUUAGCAUAGGGAGCCUGGCCAAAGACUUGGAAGAGGAAGGAGUCCAAAAUGUAACACUCAAAAAUGCGAUUUUCAAGGGAACCACAAAUGGUCUCAGGAUAAAGUCCUGGGCAAGACCCAGCACAGGGUUUGUGCAAGGUGUCCGAUUCCUUGAUGUUGAAAUGAUUAAAGUCCAAAACCCCAUUGUAAUUGACCAGAAUUACUGUCCACACAACCUCAACUGUCCUGGUCAGGUAUCAGGUGUCAAAGUUAGCGACGUGUUGUACCAGAACAUUCGAGGGACAUCAGCAACAGCAGUCGCAAUAAAAUUUGAUUGUAGUGCAGCAAAUCCAUGCAGUGGAGUAAAACUCGAAAACGUGAAUUUGACUUGCCGGAACCAAGUAGUUCAAUCAUAUUGUACCAAUGUAAAUGGAAAGAGUGUUGGCACUGUGCAACCAAGCAGUUGUUUAUAAAGUUCGGAAGGGAAUUAGACAUGGAGUAUAGGACGUGUACAUAUAUAUGCAGAUGCAUAUUGCAACAUACUAG